GGCAAAAAAAGCGGAAAAACCUUUAUUUAGUUGAGUUUACAUAUUUUUGAAACGAUUAAAUACAUUCCGAGCCUUUUUCACGCACCAUUUCUGCUGCCAGGUGGCCGAAACCGUGCGUUGGCGUGUGCUAGUGCCAGAAGUUCAAGUACAAUCAAAGAUUUUUGCGUUGAAAAUGUGUUUUAUCGUGGUGCUUGCGGUCGUCGAUUGAUGCGAGUACGAUUGCGCCCGAACAGCCUGCACCAUGGACAACGGACCGGGCAUAUCGUUGUUCACCGAUGCCGGCAGCAUCCAUCUGGAUCGACAACUGAACAGCGAACAGGAGCGGGCCGAAGAGGAGGAAGAACUGCGGGAUCGAAAGCGACGGAAAGCACAGUUGGGCAUCGAGUUGGAAGGUGCCUUCGGUGAUGUCACUAGCGAUGACGAUACGCUUAACUCGCUGACCUACCAGUCGAACUACACCGAGGACGAGGAUGACGACGAACCUAGACCACCGGCCGGUGGCCGUCAAGGGCACGGUAACCAUUACCAGCAAGCACUCUUACCACCCACCGUAACUAGUCCUCGGACAGCAGCGGCAGCAGCAGCAGCACCGGCAACGACGGCGUCCCAAGACCUAAUCGGUGGUAGUGAUGUCCGGGAGUUGCGGUUGUUGCUUGAAGCCAAGUCGCGGGAAUUAGAGAGUCUGGCACACACAAUGUACGAAAAGCAGCACGCUCAUGAUCAACAGCUGGGCGAGUUGCGCAAAAAGCUUCUGCUCGAGCAAGCCGAGAAAGAUCGGGCCAUCAUGACGAGCGAUCAAACGCGCGAACUGCUGGUGAAGAGCAAAACGCAGAUCUCCGAGCUAGAAGAUGCAAACGAGAACCUGCGGUCGAAGGUCAGUGCGCUGGAGGAUCGCAAUGUGGCGCUGGUGACCGAGCUAGAGCAGAAGAACACUAUGCUGCAGGACAGCUUGCAUCGGUACCGAAUGUUGGAGCAAAACUCGACCCAAAAAGCCGAUCGCCACACGGACGCGCUGCUUAAGGAGACGGAAGAGCGCCACGGAGCGAAGGUUGCUAUGAUGCAGCAGCAGAUCGACAACCUGCGCAGUGAGUUGGAAGACAAGCGGCAAGAGUGCCGGCGGUUCGAAGCACGCUAUGCCGAGCUCCAGAAAUCCCGCGAAGCACUGCUGAUCGAGAAGUCCGAAACGGUUCAACGAUUGCAGGAACAGCUCGAAGACUCGCAGCGUCAGUGUGGCAAUCUGCUAGCCAAGUCCAAGGGGCAGGGUGAUUUCGAGCAGGAACGAUCGCGAUUGCGCAGCCGUAUUGGAGUGUUAGAAGCAGAGCACACCGGCAUGCGCCAAACGAUUGCUGAUCUAACGAACCAGCUGGAGAAGACACAGGCUGAGCUCGAGCUAAUGGACAGUUUGGUUCACAGCGGUGGUACGCCGGCGAAGGAACAUCCCGUUGCUGCUGCGGCCACACUGAACGGUGAUACGAUUGCGGAAGAUGGUAACAAAAUGCCCCACAACCACCUGCAGGGUAGCGACAUGACGAGCUAUGCAUUCACGCACCGGAAUCUCAUCGGUAGUACGCCGAACAAUCAUCAACAAACACCUGGCGCCAAAUCGGGCCCGGGUGGUGCAUCGGAAGUACGGUUGGCACGCCUCAAGAACGAGCUGCUCGUGUGUAUGACGGGUCAGAAGGAGAAGCGAGAAACGAUUCAACAACUGGAGACCGAUCUGAAGGCUCGCGAUCGGGAGCUGGAGCAGCUGAAGAAGGACGAAAGCGACGCGCUAGUUCAGAUGAACCAGUACAAGGAGGAAGCGUUCCGGUUAAGCUCCAAGUGUCGCAUAUUGGAGCAGGAAUUGGAGAAACUGGUAGCUAAGCAAGGCACUGGAAAGGGCGGUACCGGCACGGCGGGUACUCCUAGUGGCAGCAGCAGUAACAACCCACGUCGUAUGAGCUACGAUCUGCGCCAGGAAGCGCUCGAAGAUCGCAUUUUUACGCUGCAGCAGACGAAACUAGAAGCGGAGGAACAGAUCGAACAGCUGCAGAAGGAAAACGAAAGCUUAACGGAGCGGGUCCACAAGCUGAGUGCUGAAUCGAAUUCCUGUGCCGAGCUAAGGCUCGAGCUGGAGAAGCAAAAAUUUUUGCUCGCCGACGCCCAAGGUGAAUGCGAUCGGUUGAAACGCCUUUACGUGGAAGUGAGUGGAGCACGGGAUGAAAUCAACCGAGAGCUGACCACAUUGCGAUCACAGGAUUCUGCCAAGGAGAUUGCUGCGCUCCAGGAACAGAUUGUUUCGCUCGAACGUACCCUUAAGCUAACCGAGCUGAAGUCGAGCGAGCUGGCCAAGUUGCUGGACAAGGAGAAAACGAGUCACGAAGCAUUGCUAAAGCAGCUCACUACAGCUGGUGGCGGUGGCGAUGGUCCAGGAAACCACCGGUACCACACACCGACCAGGGAAUCGAAGAACGUCGCCAACACCUGCACCAAAUGCAUCGAUGGGUUAGCAAAGAUCACGAAGCUGGAGAUUGAGAAUAUUAAGCUACAAUCCACCUGCACGGGGCAGCUGCGCGAAGUCGGUGAGCUGCGUGCCCAGCUGGACGAUCAGCAGGCGACGAUCACCGAGUUACACGAGCGGCUUGAUCUGAAGGCGGUUCGCGAUCAGGAGCUGGAUGAUCUCAAGGAAAAGGCGGCCCAGUUUCAUGAGUUCAUGCGUAGCCAGCAGCAGCAGCAGCAGCAGCAGCAACAUCAACGAUCAACAUCGUCACCACCACAUCCACAGCUCGUGGACAGUGGCACAUCCCCCGUUCGGAUAGUAUCUCGCGAUCAAAGUGUCGGCCCGGAUGAACUGCUGGAUCUAGAGGACGAGACAGCAAGUGAGCAGGAACUGGAGACGAAACGAAGACAACAGAUGCGCGAGCAGGAACAGCAGGUCAGGGAAGAGAUGGCCCGUGCGUUUGCUGGCCAGAUCAAGCAGAUCGAACAACGUUUCCGCACACAGUUCUCCAGCUUCGAGAGUAACAUCGCAUCGCUGAAGCAGCAGCUACACGAACGAGAAUCGGAGCUACAGGUGCGCAACCAGGAAGUCGAGGUACUAAAGUGUGCAAUCGUGACCGAGCGCGAGAAGGUGGGGGAACUGUUAAAGCGCAAAGAUGCGGACGCUCGGUCGCUCUUCGACAAACAACAGGAACUGAUGGGUAAGUACAAGGCCGAACUGGCCAACGGGCAGCGGAAGGUGCAGUUUCUCGAGCAUGAGCUGCAGGAAAAGCGCGAGCUGAUCCAAUCCGAGCGCCAAUCGAUGGAGAAGCUGAUGGCCCAGAUUGCAACAGAGCGGGCGACGCACCGGGAGCGCGAACAGGAGAUGAUCGACAAGUGCACCGAGCUGGAGGCCGAGUAUCGCAAGAGUCUCGAUCUGGUGACCGAGAAGUACCAGUCAGCAAAGAAGACGGCCCUCAAUUACAAGAAAUAUGCCGAAGACAAGGAGCAACACAUGCUGAAAGAGUACGAUCGCAUCAAGGAAGGAUACAAUACGGCACUGCUGAAAGUACAGAAUCGCAUGAAGGAAGCACUGGAAAGCAAAGAGCGCGCAUUGCGGGAAAAGAUGGCGAAGCUAGAGGCUGAGUACGAUGCUAAACUGGCUCGGGCGGAACCAAAGUUCUAGCUUUAUGGAGAUAUCUCGCCAAACCUGCCAUGUCAUAGUAUGGAUCGCGUGCUUUUCGUUGCAAGCAGAAACCACCAAUUGUUAACUGCCUUAACCAGAACUGCCAUUCUCAUCAACUAUGGCAGCGCGCCUUAGCAUAUGCCAUAGAUAGAUAGCCAUCGUUGUGGCCUCAAACUGGCAACAUUCAGUUGUGGAUCGAAAUGGUAUCAGGCACCAACUAAGUGUGGUGUCAAACAAGAGGUUUUGUUUUAGUUAUUAUACAAACAAGUAUUCUCAGUCUCUCUAUUAACAUGACCCUCACAUACAGCACGUGAACAAGCGGUGUUGUCAUGGAAUGCGAGGCGCAGCCUAACUUGCCUCUCAGCUUCCCCUUAUUGUACCUUGUUCGAUAGAUUAGUUUAGAGCCGUUGUCGUUGAGUAAUGAAUAAACGAAACAUCAGA